UGAAGCCCUUUAUAUACAUAUACUAUGUCAAAGCUCAACACACUAUACGGAUAUCUCUCUAAACUUUCAAUUAAACAAUCUCUUCAAUGGAAUUCUUGAUUCUCUUCUUCCACUGCUUUCUCCUCACCACAGGAUAUUUAGGUGUCCAAGGUUCAUCUCCUCACCACCACCACUUCCAUGAGCAUAACCUCCACGAAAAUCAUCAACGAUAUAGCUUUCGACCCACAAAGCUAUUUGUAUUCGGGGACUCAUAUGCUGAUACAGGGAAUGUUAAAAAGUCUUUAGCAAAUUCUUGGAAAGAACCUUAUGGAAGUACUUUUCCCGGCAAGCCUGCCGGCCGUUUCUCCGAUGGGCGUAUUCUCACUGAUUACCUAGCGACAUUCUUGGGACUGAAGUCUCCAGUAGCCUACAAAUGGAGGAAUUUGCGAAAGCAAAAAUGGAAUUAUGGGAUGAACUUUGCCUAUGGUGGGAGUGGUGUGUUCAAUACUUUUGGAGAUUUGUUACCAAACAUAAGCACCCAAAUUGAUUUCUUUGAGAAACUCAUCAAUGAUUCAGUCUACACCAAAUGGGAUUUACAAUCUUCUGCAGUUCUUGUGAGUCUAGCAGGAAAUGAUUAUGCUGCCUAUUUAGCAAAUGGUGGCUCUUUCCAGGGUUUGACGAGCUUCAUGUCUAAGGUGAUUGAUCAACUCGCGGUGAACUUAAAAAGGGUCCAUGGAUUGGGAGCAAGAAAAAUAGUUGUGACAUCUUUGCAACCACUGGGGUGUCUUCCACGAAGCACACGAAUGUUGUCAUUCCAAAAAUGCAAUGAAACUGAAAAUAUAGCUGUGAAUUAUCACAAUCUCCUAUUGCAGCAGGCUGUGGUAAAGCUGAACAAUGAAACAAGAAAUUGUGCAAUUUUCAUUGUUGAUCUCUACAGCUCUUUCACAAGUGUAAUCCAGCACAAACGAGAUUAUUUAGGAAAUAUGAAGUUCAAGACUCCAUUGAAGCCAUGUUGUAUGGGCAAGAACGACGGCUAUCUCUGUGGAAGUGUAGACGACAAAGGAGCUAAAAUGUAUACCGUGUGCAAUGAUCCAACAUCUGCGUACUUCUGGGAUAACGCACAUCCCACACAGGCAGGAUGGCAUGCGGUAUUUGCGACAUUGAAAUCUAGCUUUGAUCACAUUUUUAAAUAUUAGCCACUCUCUGAAAUUUUAUGAAAGUGUCUUUGCUAGUGGUUGUUUGGACUUCAAAUAUGUCCUCAAAUCGUAGCAUUCUUGUGUAGACUGUGCACAAAAUAAUAGUUAGGUUAAUGGACACAAGUGUUCAACCUGCCGCUUUUAAUAAAUAGGGAAAGAUUAGAAGAAA